CAAGCACGUCACGUACUGUACUUGCCUCAGACACACUAGUUGAAGGAGAAGAAACGUCGCCUCCUCAACAAGACGUCGUCACCACUACUCCGCCAUCAAGCCCCCGAGUCCCUUCACCAAAAAGGGCAAGGGUUGAAAAGAUUGUUGAUCCUGCCCCUCAGUUGGGCAGUUCGUCGACUCUGCUCUUAGAUGAUCCUAUGAUCAAGGAUCUUCUCCGCAUCGGGUCCCAAUUUAUUGGGUACCGUGAAUAUGCCGCCAGAGCCGAAGAAAAACUCUCAGAGGCCAACGAACGUGUCGACGCACUUGCUCAAAAACUCGAGCAAAGUGAGGCGGCUCGCAAGAAAGCUGAACUUGCUGCUAGCAAAGCCAAGGCCGAGGUUGAUGAAGCCAAGGUGAAAGCUGCUAGUGUCGAGGAACUGCAGAGAAGGCUCAAAGAUGCCGAAUCUGCCUUAGAUGAGCAGAAAACUGCACAAACUGUGCGUGAACAAGAGAUCAUCAAGCGUCUGAAGUCGCAAAGUCGGCGUACGCUGAGUAAUAUCAUCAACCCCUUCUAUUGUACUUCCUGUUUCUUGGUUUUUGACUAAUGGUUUGUCUUGUGUGGCAGCCCAAACAAACCAAGAUUUUGAUCUGGAGAAUCCCGUCAAUGACCCUCUCCUUGAUGCACUUUCUCUUCUGGAGUUCCAUGGGCGCGAAAUUCGUGAAGGCGUGGCCAAUGCCAAUGCGAGUUUGUCGGCGUUGUUCCCCUUCUUCUUCCCGAAGAAAGAGGAACCUUCAACUUUCCUUGCCCUUGCCAAGCUUUU